CCCGGAAGUGAAUCUUUACAUGCUGCGGAAAAAAGUCCAUAUUGCUUUUUUGUUGUGAAAUUUUAAAUAAUAAGCUCUAAAAAUAGAGUGAUAAGAAAAAAUGGGUAAACCAAAAAAUAAAGUGAAGGAUAGAGACGUUGAUUCGGAUAUAGAAAUAGAUGAUAAAGAGGAGACAGAGGCAAAACCAGCGGGAAAACAGUCAAAGAAGGACAAGAGGAAAAAGAAAAAGGAUGAUGAUUGGGAAGACGACGUGGCUAACGAACUGGAAUCUUUAUCACUUGAAGCCAAUAAAGGAAGGAAGGAAGAGAAUACAGCGGAAGAAGAAAUAGCACCAGUGAAGAAAAAAGAGAAGAAAAAGAAGAAGAAGCAGGUGGAUAGUGAAGGUGAGGAGGAAGAAGAAGACAACAUUAUUGAUACUGGUGGUAAGAGAGGGAAGAAAAUGACUGCCUUUAAUAUGUUGAUGAUGGAAGAUGAUGAUGAAACCAAAUCUAUGAGUGAGCACAGUGACAAUGAAGAAGAGCCAGUAGAGAAACAAGAACCUAGUGAACAACAGAAGAAGAAAGAUAAGAAAAAAGAAAAGAGGAAAGGAAAAGAUAAACAGAAAACAGCUGAAGAAGAAGAUUUAGAUGCUCUUCUUGCAGAAAUUGACAAACCAAAAGAGAGCAAAAAGUCAAAAAAGAAGAAAAAACAAGAGGCAAUGGAAACAGAAGAGACAAGUGAAACAAUGGAAGGGGAAAACGAGGUUGUUACAGAGACUGCAGAAGUCGAAAAGGUAGAACCUAAAGUUGUUACAAUAGAUGAUUAUGAAGAUGAUGAGGAUGAUAAAAAGAAAAAGAAGAAGAAGAAAGAUAAAGGAAAGAAGGAAGCAAAAGAAGGAGAAGAGGGUGAAGAAGAAAAGGCUGCUGAUGGAGAGGGUGAGGAGGAAGGUGGUACUGUAAAAAGUGCAGCACAAAAGAAAAAAGAAAAGAAGGAAAAAGAAAGAUUGAAAAAGCUGGAACAAAAGAAGAAACAAGCAUUAAAGAAAGAAGGAAAGACAGAAGAACAGAAAUCUGAAGAUAAAGGACAGGAUGAGGAACAAGGUGCUAAAGCUGAAGAAAAAGCAGCAUCGGGAGAUGAAGAAGGCAAGGAGGAGGAAGAAGAUAGUAAGAAAAAGAAGAAAAAGAAAAAAGGAGAAAAAGAGGAAAAACCAAAAAAGUCAAAAGCACCUGUGGCUGCUAUUAAAGAGUUGUUGAAACGACAAAAGGAGGAAGAAGAGAGAUUGAAAAGGGAGGAAGAGGAAAGAAUAAGGAAGGAAGAAGAGGCUAUAGCUGCAGCGUUAGAAAAGAAAAGAUUGGAGGAAGAGAAGAGGAAAAUAAAGAAGCAGAAAGAGAAGGAAAGAAAGGAGAGAUUGAAGGCGGAGGGUAAAUUACUGACUGCUCAACAGAAACAGGAAAAAUUGAGACAACAACAGAUGUUAGAAAGCAUGAAAGCACAAGGUUUAGAGAUUAAACAGAAAGAUGAAGAUGCAGCUGAGGUGAAAAAGAAGAGACCUAUCUAUGAAAAGAAAAAGAAAAAGCCACAGCAGAAACAAGAUGGUUCUGAGCCAUCUGAUAAGACACCAUCACCAGACGAUACCCCAGUUCAAACUCCAGUGAGUGAAGAGUCACCACAGAUAGUGGAAACACCAGAAGACAAGGUCACUGAGGGUGAGGCCAGUGCUGCUGUAGAAGAUACUGAGGUGUCAGAGGAUAUUAAGGAUGAAUGGGACAUCAGCAGUGAAGAGGAGGAGGAGGAAGAAGAAGAAGCAAUGCCAGAUACAGAAACUAAAGUGCAGGUUGAAGUUAAAGAUAAGAAGACAGAAGUAGAGGAGGAGGAAGAUGAUGAAGAAGAAGAAUCAGAUGAUGAAGAUGACGAAGACGAUGAUGAUGAUGAUGACGAUGAUGAAAGUGAAACCGAAUCAGAAAGUGAUGAAGACCUCACAGCAUAUGAGAGAGCAGAAAUGAAAAUCAAGAAAAGACAUGAGAAAUGUGAAGCGAAUAGAUCAACAGAUGAAUUACGAGCCCCUGUGGUAUGUGUACUGGGACAUGUGGAUACCGGUAAAACCAAGAUCCUUGACAAGUUACGUAGAACGAAUGUUCAGGAUGGUGAAGCGGGAGGUAUAACACAACAGAUAGGUGCAACUAAUGUACCACAUCAAGCUAUACUCGAUAAAACUACAAUGUGCAAAGAAUUUCAGAAAAAGGGGUUACAAUUACCAGGUCUACUCAUUAUAGACACUCCAGGUCACGAGUCUUUCAGUAAUCUCCGAUCCCGUGGAUCAUCUCUCUGUGAUAUAGCCAUUCUUGUUAUAGAUAUUAUGCAUGGAUUAGAACCUCAGACUAUAGAAUCUAUCAACCUUCUGAAGGAAAAGAAAACACCGUUUGUUGUAGCAUUAAAUAAGAUUGACAGAUUAUAUCAGUGGAAGAGCAAUCCUAACAGUGAUGUUGUUAACACAAUAAAGAAACAAACACAGAUGUGUAAACAGGAGUAUGAUGAGAGGUCUCGUGCUGUGAUAACUCAACUUGCUGAACAGGGCUUGAAUGCAGCUUUGUUUUAUGAGAACAAGAACCCGAAGGAAUAUAUCUCACUGAUACCCACCUCGGCACAUUCUGGUGAUGGUAUGGGCAACCUCCUGUCACUGAUCUGUGAGCUCACUCAGACAUGGCUCGCAAAGAAAGUUUCAUAUAGUGAAGAACUACAGGCAACUGUUAUGGAGGUUAAAGCAAUCCAUGGACUUGGAACAACAAUAGAUGUGAUUCUUGUGAAUGGCAAGCUCUGUGAGAGUGACCAGAUAGUGAUAGCUGGGACUGAGGGGCCGAUUGUCACCUGGAUCAGAGGUUUACUCAUGCCACAGCCUAUGAAGGAAUUAAGAGUUAAGGCUCAAUAUGAACAUCACAAGGAGGUGAAGGCAGCUCAGGGGGUGAAGAUCAUUGGUAAAGAUCUUGAGAAGGCUCUAGCAGGUCUACCACUGUAUGUAGCUCAUGAUGAAGACGAGAUAGAGUACUAUAAGGAAGAACUAUCUGAGGCCCUUAAAGAUGUACUUGGCUCUAUCAAGUUAUCAGAAAGAGGGGUGUUUGUACAGGCCUCCACACUUGGAUCUCUGGAAGCUCUGCUUGAAUUUCUCAGAACGUCAAAAAUACCAUAUGCAGGUAUCAACAUUGGACCUGUACACAAGAAGGAUAUUAUGAAAGCAUCUAUCAUGUUGGAGCAUGAUACACAAUGGGCUGUGAUUUUAGCAUUUGAUGUUAAAGUAGAACGUGAUGCUCAAGAAAUGGCGGACAGUUUAGGAGUUAGAAUAUUUACUGCGGACAUUAUUUAUCAUCUUCAAGAUGCAUUUUUAAAAUUUCGUGAUGAGCUUAAAAAGCAAAAACAAGAGGAAUACAAAAACAUUGCCGUGUUUCCGUGCAAGUUACGUGUAUUACCUCAGUUUAUAUUUAACUCAAGAGACCCUAUUGUUGUUGGUGUAUCUGUGGAAGCGGGACUUCUGAAACAUGGCACGCCAGUCUGUGUGCCUAGUAAAGAGUUUGUAUUCCUUGGAAUUGUGAACAGUAUAGAGGUUAAUCAUAAACCUGUAGAUAUUGCAAGGAAAGGGCAGGAAGUCUGCAUUAAAAUAGAGAACGUUCCUAGUGAGACACCUAAACUGUACGGUCGGCAUUUUGAUCAUACUGACAUACUGACUAGUCGGAUAUCUAGAGCCUCUAUAGAUGCAGUUAAGGACCAUUUCCGAGAAGAGAUGACAAAACAAGACUGGGCAUUAAUGGUGGAACUUAAAAAGCUCUUCCAGAUCUUAUAAUGAACUUUUCAUAAAAAAAGAUAUUGUUUAAACACAGAAUCAAGCAAAUGUUUGUACUUUAUGCCAGUUGUUGACACCAGGCAUGCUUGCAAUGUUAGAAAUAGGAAAGGAGGUCGACCUUUCUUAGUGCAAAAGUUGUUGUAUAUUUCUUGGAUGGAGACUAUGAUUACCUGACUAAAGGUGUCAUAUAUCUGCUGUGAACCUUACUGCCUUAUACUGUAAUAAAAAAGUCACCAUAUUUCUAUACCCUGGCAAGGCCAUGACAUUAACAUUCAAAUAACUGUUAAAAUCAAGGCAGUCAAGUAAGUCAGAUAUUUGAAAAGAAUAUUUUUCCAUCAGUAUUUUUUCAGUAAUCUUCUGUUGUCUAGAAAUAAGUCUUUCUAGCCCUUACCCUGCUAAAUUUCUAUAAUGAACGUGUCCGUCUUUCAAUUUGGACAGUGUCAUUAACUGUUAAAAAGGGUGUUUGCCAAAAAGAUGCUGACUGAAUGGCAAACAGUGCAGAUCUUGAUCAGACUGCACAGAUGUACAGGCUGAUUAUGAUCUACACUGGUCACAAGGGCAGAAUAAAUCGUGUCCAGCAUGAUAAAGGGUAAUGUACACACAUGUACAUGUUUUUUCAGUUAGUAAAAGGUAUUGGUCACUUUUGUAAGACAGAAAUUUAGAAACAUGCCAUAGUCGGAUAUGAAGGAUAUGAAUUUUUUGCCAGACUUACAAGGAAAGUACACAGUAUAGAUCUGAAAUGCUACACUAACUCUGACAAAAAAUGAGCAUAAUGUGAUAUUGUAACUGGGGAUAAAUGUCUUUUAUAUCAUUGUAUUUAAGUAAACAACUUUUUUUGCCCACCCAGAUUUUGAUCUAGUACUACUCUAUUUGCACCAAUAUCAAGUUUUUAUUAGAGAUAGAUUGCUCUUUUUUAUCAGAUCAUUUCAUUCUAUCUGUUUAAAAUUGGUCCUGAUUAAAAGAAAUUUUAGGUAAUGGGAAUGUAAAAACUGUCAAAUUGUAUUUCUGUAAACAUUCAGUAGUGACCUGAAAACUUUAGAAAAUAAUGUCAAAAUUUGUUGAAAAAUUAAGUCCAAUGAAACAGCAUAUGCUUAAACUAUAGGGGCCCAUUUUACAAAAGUUCAUAAGUUAUAUCCAAAGUUCUUUCCCCGAGUAUGAACUUUUAAAACACAUUAAUUUCAAAGACCGUAACUCAAAUAGUUUUAAAAUGGUGUUGUUAAUUCAAUUUUAAGACAAGUUAUUUAUGUUUGACUCCUAUUCUAAGAAUAGCCAAACAGUUAUAAUGAAUAUACUUAAAAUGAUGUUCAUGAAACACCUUAACACCUAAGUUCUUUCUCCUAAAGUAAGCUUUGUAAAAUUGGCCCCAGAUUGAUAGAGGAGAUUCUGUUAGAACACCCCAUAUCACAAGUAUCAUUCAAUUGUUAAGACACUCGCCUGACAUGCUCAAUUUGUUGGUGUGAGGCAUGGUAGUUAAAUUAAGUGCAGUCAUGUCAAACAAAUGAUUGAAAUACUAUUAUGGAAAUAAAUCUAUGAAUAUUGAUGAUUUCGGUGAAAAUCUACAUCAUAUUAAAUUGAAAAUAACUAGAAAACCAAGUAUCAGCAAUAUUAUUUGCCAGCAAUAUAUUUUUUCAGACCUACAGUGUAUUUAUUAUGUAUUGUGUACAAAUAUAAAGAUAUGAAUAUUGUUUUUUCAGGAAGGAAGACACAUGUUGAUAUAUGUUUCUACAGGAUAUGUUGUCUGGCCUAGAUAAUGAACUACUUUAUUUUACUCUGAUUACAUCAUUCACUCCUUAUUUAUGCUAAAUUUACUAUUGUAUUCAUACAUUGUGUCGGAUAGUCAUCUUUUGUCUAUUUUGAAAAAUCCACCAUAUUUAUAUACAAACUUGAUGAUGUGGUGUGUGUUGCCUCAAUUUGACAUCUCUCUUACAGUCUGUUUGUUUUAAUGUUUCAAAUGGAAUUAUUAAAUGAAAUGUUUGGAACUGUUAGCAAAUAAAUCUACCAGGUCAUUAAUUUUGAUAGAUGGUAAUAAGGAAAUCCCAUUUUUAAUUUGAAAUUAAUCCCAAAACCAAGCAGAAGCUUGGGGGUGGGGGGAGGUUGACAAAAUUUCCAUUUAUUGGGGUGGGGGUAGUGGGAGGCAGUGAACUUCCGUAUUCAUGACACGAUGGCAUUCACCUUCAUGUCUCAGUUUCAAAAAUGCUCUUUCUUCAGUAAAGGGGAGAAAAACUGUGUACCUUACUAUCUAUUGUCCUGAUUUCUUUAUGGAAGUCAAUGAGAAUAUCUGUUUUUACACAUGACAGACGUUUAAAUAUAUAUUUUGAGUAAUUACUUUUUAUGUUAAACCAGGUAUCAGCUUAAUUUUCUAGACUACAUGUAUAUAGAUGUUUUGAUUGUGUCAUCAUCCCACAACAGUGUUGUUAAUGUCAAAACCAAACGAGUAUGUCAUGUUAUGACAACAUCAUACAGCAGUGUUGUUAAUAAUGUCAAAUGCAAACUGCUCUGUGGCUAAAGUUGACAUUCCAUGACAGUGCUAUUAAUGUCAAAACCAAACAACUACCAGUAUGUCUAAUGUCAACAGUCAAUCAUAAUGAUUUAAUGAACAUGUCAAAACAUUUAAUGUCAACAUGUAGUCCUAAUGUUUAAGGUUGGCUUGCAAUAAUAAGCUGAUUAAUGUCAACAGACAACCAGUACAAACAGUUACAUUUGCAAUGUAAAAGCCCCAUCAUUCAUAUUAGUUGAGUUUAAUGUCAACUUUCAGCAGCCAUGGCUGCGUAGUCAACAGUAAAAAUCUACAAAUUUGUGUAGAAUUUUUUUAAAAAGUGUAAGUUAAAAGCAGUCCAGCAGUGCCAUUUAUACCUUCAAAUACCUACCAGCCGGGUGUUUUUUCAGAACUUUCAUUAAAAAAAAAUCAGUGGUCAUUAAUAAGCAGAGAUAUUUGAACCUUCACUGUUAUUAUUCAGUAGUUCUUUCUGACUUUAAUACCCUUGUGCUACCUUAUGAUGAACAGCCAUGUGUUGUAAAAAAAAAAAGCAUCAAAUAUAUCCAUUCAUCUUGUAUAUACAUUUAUAUUUUUGAAAGCAGUUUUGUGAAAAAUAUCUACUGUGAAAACAACUGAUUAUACGAGGGGAACGAUAUCUGUAAGAAAUAAAAUAUAGCAGAACUGUGUUUUAAUAUAUUUAAACACAGUUAAGAAUUUAUAUGCUUGAGGAAUAAUUUGUAAGGGGUUUAGUCCAAAUAAAUUGUUCUAUGCUGCAUAUAACUAAUUCCGGGGGUUCAUAAGUAUAAAAACGUUUUGCUAUAAUAUUGGUGCCUGAAGAUAUCCUGUGAAUUAUUUUGCCCACAUUAUCAAGUGAUGGUGUGUGAAUUAAAUGUAACACUGUUCAGUUAUAUCAUUUCCAUUCUGAAAUAUCUAAAAUGUAAAAUAGUAGAUCCAGUAUGGGCACCAUAUAUAAUAUUGACCUGAUAAAUUGACAUGGUUUAAUGAAAACAAAACAUGGUUGUUCAAGUUAGAAUGUAUUAUAGCAUGUUAUGUUUGUUUUUUUUUUUUCAACAGGAAUUGAUUUUUGUGAAAUAUUUGAAAAAAAUGUAUAUUUAAAAUGUUAAAAUUGGUCUCUGCUUUGUUUGGUGCAUGUAUAAAUCGCAGAAAAAGAUGGAAUAAAAUGCUACAAAAUGA